AUGGGGAGGGCCACCAAGUGGUUGAAGAGCUUGUUUGGGAUAAAGAGAGACAAAGAACCCAAAGAGAAUUCAAAUUCAAAUUGUGGCACCAAAUGGUGUCACUCUGAGAGAGAUUCCAAAGGCUUAUGUCACAAUCCAGCCACCAUACCACCCAAUAUUUCGCCUGCAGAGGCUGCUUGGCUACAAUCCUUCUACUCAGAAACAGAGAAAGAGCAGAACAAGCAUGCCAUUGCAGUUGCAGCAGCCACCGCAGCUGCCGCAGACGCUGCAGUGGCUGCUGCUCAGGCUGCCGUGGCAGUGGUUAGGCUAACCAGCCAUGGCAAUGGCAGAGACGACAACAUGUUUGGUGGGGGACAAGAGAGGUUGGCUGUUGUCAAGAUUCAAACUGUGUUCAGAGGAUACUUGGCAAGGAAGGCUUUGAGAGCCCUAAAAGGAUUGGUGAAGUUACAAGCACUUGUGAGAGGGUACUUUGUGCGGAAGCAAGCAGCAGCAACACUGCAUAGCAUGCAGGCUCUAAUUAGAGCUCAAGCAACAGUGAGGUCCAAGAAAUCUCGUGGACUCACCAACACAAAAAAUGAAGCACAUAGGUUUCAAACACAAGCACGAAGAACCAUGGAGAGGUUUGAUGACACUAGGAGUGAGCACAUAGCUGCCAUACAUAGUAGGAGGCUAUCAUCAUCUUUUGAUGCUACAAUGAAUAGUGUUGAUGGGAGCCCAAAAAUAGUGGAAGUGGACACAGGGAGGCCAAAGUCAAGGUCUCGUAGGAGUAACACCUCAAUGUCAGAUUUUGGCGAUGACCCAUCAUUUCAAAUAUUUGCUUCUCCUCUUCCAAUUCAAUGUCGUACCCCAGCUCACUUAUCCAUACCAGACAACAGGAAUUUCCACGACACAGAUUGGGGCUUAACAGGAGAAGAGUGCAUAUUCUCAACAGCACAUAGCACUCCACGCUUCACCAAUUCUUGUAGUUGUGGGUCUGUUGUUGCAGCCGUGACACCUAAAAGUGUUUGCACUGAUAACUUGUUGGUUGGGCAGUAUGGUAGUUGUCCAAACUACAUGGCCAACACUCAGUCUUUUAAGGCCAAAUUGAGGUCUCAUAGUGCUCCAAAGCAACGCCCUGAUCCGGGUCCAAAGAAGAGGCUUUCCCUGAAUGAGAUGAUGGAGUCUAGAAGUAGUUUAAGUGGGCUUCGAAUGCAAAGGUCUUGCUCUCAGAUUCAAGAGGCUAUUAAUUUUAAGAAUGCUGUUAUGAGUAAGCUGGACAAGUCCACAGAACUUGGAAGGGAAACAGAUAAGAGCUUCUACAACCAGAGGAGGUGGUGA